GACAGCGUAUCUGCGACGCCCAUAUCAACGAUUCUCAUCUACACAAUAUUAUAUGCAUAAUAUCACUUGCCGCUAUUCAACAAAAAACCAAAAGAAAUAUACAUUUCCAAUCACAACCAUUAAAUCUCUUGUCACCGAUUCAACCUAUAUUGGAAAAACAGUAACUGUUCAUGGAUGGGUGCGAUCGCAACGACUGCAAAAAACAGUAACAUUUAUUGAUUUAGACGAUGGUUCAUUACUAUCGGGUCUUCAAAUUGUUAUGGACUCAUCAGUGGCCAAGACAUUGACUACUGGCACUUCAGUCAAGAUUUCUGGAAAAUUGGUUCCAUCUCCGUCAAAGAAUCAAGCUGUAGAUCUAGAAGCCAUUGAUUUGACGGUGCUGGGUGAAUGUGAUCCACAGUCGUAUGCAAUUUCCAAGAAUAGGUUACCGCUGGAGCAUCUACGAGAAUACCAACACUUGCGAUCACGAACGAGGAUAUUCGGUGCGUUAUGGCGGAUUCGCAGCGCUGCAUUGCAAGGAAUCCAUGAUUUUUUCAAAGCACAAGAGUUUACACAAGUGAAUAUGCCAAUUUUGACCACACAUGAUUGUGAAGGUGGUGGAGAAGCAUUUCGUGUACUCACAGAUGAUACACUCAAAUCCUAUCAAAACUAUGCCGUAAACUACUCACAGACUACUCAACACCAGGCAUUGCCGCUACCAGAUGAAUUCUUUGGCAAACCUGUGUAUACUACAGUAUCUGCACAACUUCAUUUAGAAUUUAUGGCAUCGGCUUUAUCUAGAGUGUAUGUGCUUGGCCCAGCUUUUCGGGCAGAAAAAUCUCAAUCAACUAGACAUUUGGCAGAGUUUUGGAUGCUAGAGGCUGAAGCAUGUUUCAUCCCUACCAUUAGCGCUCUCACUGAUCUCAUCGAGGGGAAUAUUAAACACGUUAUCCAGCAUGUUUUAAAUACUUGUCAAGAAGAUCUAGCCUUGUUUGAUCAGUUUUCUGAGCGUGAUCUUGUACAGAAACUAGAUAAUGUAUCCAACAAAUUGUUUGAACGCAUGACGUAUACGGAUGCAGUGCAAGUGCUACUGAAUGCCGAAAAAGGCAUAAAUGGAAAGCGUUGCGCUCCCGAGUGGCAGUUUCCAGUCAAAUGGGGGUUACCUCUUCAGAGUGAGCACGAAAAGUUUCUGGCCGAGACGAUUAUCAAGGGCCCAGUGUUUGUCACAGAUUAUCCUAAAAAAAUCAAGCCGUUUUAUAUGAAACAAAGUGGAAUUGGUAAUACAUCUGUGACCAAAUGUGAUGGAGAAACUGUUGCCUGUACAGACUUGCUUUUACCAAAAGUGGGCGAGUUGGCAGGAGGUAGCUUGCGCGAGGAUCAAUACGAGUUGCUAGCACAGAAAAUCAAUGAUGCAGGACUAGACUCGGCACAACUUGAGUGGUAUUUGGAUUUGAGAAAAUAUGGCAGCGUCCCACAUGGAGGGUACGGUAUGGGAUUUGAACGACUUUUGGGAUAUCUAACUGGCAUGACUAAUAUUCGCGACAUGAUACCUGCCCCAAGAUCAUAUGGACACUGCAAGUUCUAG